UCGCCCCCACCGCGAGUUGACGGCCAUUCUGUGGCUGCGUAUAAGAUCAAGGGCCCGCGGGGCGCCUACGAGCAUUUCUGCACGGGAAAUUUCAGCCACCUUGCCCCGCACCGCAGCUUGCUCGGUAGUCCAUCGCUAGCGCACUGCAAAACACCCGCUGCCAGCUCAACCCGGUCUUGUUUACAAUGGCGAAAGUGACUCUAGCGUGCGUGCUGUCUUUGUUCCUUGUGACCGCCGUGUUUGCCGGUGAUUUCCUCUGCGGUCUGAGCGAGGAGGAGCUGGGAAAGGUGCUUGACUGCGUCCAGAAGAACGUCAAGCCGGAGGUGGCGGACUUUAUGGCCAGGCUGCCGUCCAAAGGAGGCGCUUUCAUCCGCAAAGUGUGCGAGAACGGCGGAAACCUUAAGGAACUUCUACCGUUCCUGCACACGGCCGACUACCUGGAGGAAUGGAAAAAGGCCAGCGGAAGCUGCGGUGUUAAGACGUCCUAGGCAUGCGACUUCAUUCAACGGCAGCCAACCGGGGCGUGUUCUCGAGCCCAGCCGUCUCGGGGAAACCGCUCUCUUGGGCACGUAUAGUUUGUAGCGCGCGGCAUUUCAGUUCCCGCGCGCCGGCUACGGAGAUGUUCGAGAAACAACUGUCCCAGCGAGUGAUUGUCGGCGCACGAGGAGCGUGGUUUCCCGCAAGGACGGCCCAGACACCAGCCCCGGAAUGCGGCUGGCCUGGCGAGACAUCGUCACCGACUACAAUUUCACCGCCUCGAGCGAUACAGCGUCGCGAAAAAAGAAAUAAUUGUAGUUAGCAUAGAAAAAAAUAAAAAUUGAAGAGAUAUGUGAAACUCCUGUC